AUGAAAGCACGCUUCGCGCAACAGCUCUCAAACUGGGCGACCGCAGCCGCCCUGAUCAUGGCGGUCACCUCCGUCAGCAAUUUCAUGGCCUUGACCAGUCAAAUUCAGUUCAUGGAUCUCACCACGGACAUGCAGGGCACCCCAGAGGUCUUCGUGGAGUUUGCUGGGCACUUCAAGGCCGCGAACUUCGAAAUCGCACAGCGCCUCCCGGACCUGGGCUUGCCGACGCUCGAGGACCUCCAGGAGUACAGCCUGAAAGCCGUCGAGAAGCUUCAGAGCUCCUUUGAGAAGGUCGGGCUCCAGGAUUUCAGUGUCCUGGUUUUGCAGUACUGCUAUGCUCUGGAGGCGUCCGGGCAGAUCGCGGCAAAUGCCAUGCUCGCCCACAGCAGGUCCACAGCCCAGCAGUUGCAGAAAAAGUUGGAGGCCCAUUUCUCCUCGAUGAACUCCACGCGGACAACAAAGGCGACGCUCACGGAGAAGCUCGCCGAGCAUCGCCGCCUCUCUUCUUCCAAGCGGCUCCGGGGGUCCGGCAUGGAGGCGCGGGACGUGGAACUUGGGGCCUACGAUCGGCUCGAGCACGACGUCGAGGAUUCCGGCUCCUUCGUGGUCGCAGAGUGGACACCGCAGGAGUGGGAGGAAUUCGCACGUAUGGCACAGGAAGAUGGGGUGACGGAGAGCGACUUCGAUGGGCUGCAGGCCCUGGUUCCAUGUCAGCAGUCCCCCGUCAAGGAGGCCGACCUGGGAUGUGCAAGUUGUGUUUCACAAGUCAUAGCCGUCUCGCUUGUACUGGUCAGGUGGUGCCCUUCCUGCACGUCAUGCACAGGCUCAACAUCCUGA